AUGGAAAUGGAAGAAGAGAAGGAUUUGCCUUUGUUAUUGGGAACCCCUUUCCUUAGUACAGUUGGCGCUUCAAUAGACUUUCACAAGCAAGAAGUGAUCCUUCACAAGGUGAAUAGUUUGGUGUCAUAUCGCUUGCAGCCUAGAGGUUCAGACUUUUGUGCCACAAUUGACAGUACCACUCUCAGUUCUAAGAGUCAUGGAGCUACAAAGGUUGUGAAGGAAAGGGUUGACAAGGAACCAAGAGUUGGGAAGGAUAAGGAUGAGAGAGGACCAAGGAUUGAGAAGCCACGUCUUGAGAGGGCUAGAGUUGAGAAACCACGAUCUGAUAGGCCAAGAGCUGAGAGACUUGUUCAAGCCCCUUGUGUGCUUGAUGAAGAGAGCCUUCAAGCUUUGUUUGAUGAGCCACUAGGAAGGGCUCUAAAAGAAGGGGAGGAUGUAGCCUCUAAGGCAAGACCAGGGAUAAAAGAAAAGGAUCCACCAGCUCAGGCCCCUUCAUCAAGCCAUCUCAGCUCACAAUGA